ACCUUGUAAUGUAUCCUCUCAUUUCUCUCUAUCUUUCUCUCUCUCCUCAUUUACCUAGCUCGAAUCUCAUCUCCAAAAGCAACAAAAAAGAGCAAAAAGAAGAGAAGAAAAAAGAAAACCCCUUCAUUUCAGCAACAAAACUAAUGCAACUUGUACUACAAAAAUAUUUAUACUAACCCACUCCUUACCUUGCCGUCUCCAACACCCUCUCAUAUAUAUGUUUUUGCUUAUUAUUCAACAUCAUCAACAAAUCACACACACACAAACACAAAGUGAUAUAUACCUCCGGAGAGAAGAAGAAACAAAGAGAUUCAUUUUUAGUGACUAUUAUUUUUAUUAUAAAUUAAAUAAUAAUAAUAACAAUGCCUUUUUCUCUUCAGUUGGAUAGGUUCAAUCCUAUCACCGACGCCGUCACCACCGCCACCGUCGCCAUCGCCAACGGCGUUAACUGCCCGAAGCAGCCUCAAGCGCCGCCGUCCACUGCGGCGCGUCGCCUAAUGGUGCCCUCUCUCUCUUCUGGCAGGGGAAUCGUGGCCUCCGACACGGUGGCGCUCCACCACACGAACGUGGUGGGGCUCAACCAGUGCUGCUCCGUGGUGACGCAGCACAUCAACGCCCCCGUCGCAGCCGUGUGGGCGGUGGUGCGGCGGUUCGACAACCCACAGGGGUACAAGAACUUCGUGAAGAGCUGCCACGUCAUCACCGGCCACGGCAUUCGCGUGGGCGCCGUCCGCGAGGUGCGGGUGGUGUCGGGGCUCCCCGCCGAGAUGAGCACGGAGCGGCUGGAGAUCCUCGAUGACGAGCGCCAUGUCAUCAGUUUCAGCGUCGUCGGCGGCGACCACCGCCUCAGGAACUACCGGUCGGUGACGACGCUCCACGCCAACGGGAACGGGACACUUGUCAUCGAGUCAUACGUCGUUGACGCACCGCAGGGUAACACUAAGGAGGAAACAUGCGUGUUCGUCGACACGAUCGUACGUUGUAACUUGCAGUCGCUGGCUCAGAUUGCUGAGAACAGAACCAAAAACUGUGAAAACGCUGCACAACACUGUUAACUGUUAAGUGUUUAACGAUAUCAUUAUUUCUUCUCUAUUUCUUUUUCUUUCUUCUUCUUUUUUUAAAGUUAAAAUGGGUUGUGUCUUCCGGUUUUUUUGUUUCAAAUUCGGGUGUCAUGGACUUAGAUUCAAGCCCGUGUUUUUGGAAUUGAUAUGCAUGGAUGUGUAUAGAUCACUAGGGUUUUUCGGACGGCAAUGGUUGAAUCUAUGUGAUAUGUAUAUAUGAUAUAUGUUAAUGUUAAUGUUCAUAUAAAUGAUCCAAUGAUGUAGUUCUAUUUUCUUUUUUCA